UAUAACAACUAUGGGUUUAGACAUCAAUCGUGCCAUACAUACGACAAUUGACGACCAAUUUUUAUGCGGCAUUUGUUGCGGUAUUAUUGUCUCCCCGAAAGGUAUUGUCAAUUGUGGUCAUGUUUUCUGUGAACAAUGUAUUACCGACUGGAUUGCAACAAAACACAACUGUCCUCACGAUAGAGAUAUUACCAUAGAGUUAGACUGUUUGGACGAUGUUUGCGAUGACUACUAUGAAAGUUAUGAACAAAUUAUGAUUAGAUGUCAAAACUGGUUGAUAGGUUGCGAUCAUAUAUUUUCUAUCGUUGAGGACAGUGAUCAUCAAAACGGGUGUCACUUCAAUGAAACCUAUUAUCGCAAAUGUAAAUGUGGUAUUUAUGUCGAUAAAAAAGAUGAAUCUCACAAUUGUGUCGAUUAUCUCAAAUGUGAACUCAAGAGACUUAACAUUAAUCACACAAAAGCCGAACUAUUGAUCAGUGAAUUACAGCUCAAACUGUUGUAUACAAUGAAUGAAUGUCUGAAAUUGAGAAACCAAUUGAUUGAUACAAACACUGGACAUCAGAUAUCAUUGCUGCCAGAAAUGCCUAUCGAUUGUAUACCAGAAGCCAAACAACUGAUGGAUGCACUCAAAGAGGUCAAAGUGGUUAACAGUUCAGAAGUCGAGCAAACAUUACUGGCCAUCGAUAGACAAUUGUUUUGUCCGCCAAAUGUCGACACCGAUAUUGAUGUCAAUUCGCCGAUAAUUUACGGCACAAUACUUGAGUUACUGUUGGAAACUUUACAACAAAGAAAACAGCAGUCAUCAUCAUCGUCAGCAGCAGCAGUAUCGGCACCGGUAGGCAUACUAGAAAUUGGAUGCUCGACCGGCUAUUUGUCAGUAUGUAUGGCAUAUAUGUGUCAGUUGGCCGACAUUGACUACCGGAUUGUAGCCAUAGAUGACUGUCCAAAGCUUGUAAACUAUGCCCAAAACAAUCUGAGCGACAUAUUUGCACAAUUAAUCAAUGAAUGCGAUGAGAAAAUAAAAUUUUUAUAUUAUGACGGUUCGGAUGACACACUACCCGACCAAAGUGAGGACACAUACGAUAUCAUACAUUUGGGUCGUAGUGUUGAUGAGUUGCCGCACGAAAUGAUCGCUCGUCUUAAGUGUUCGGGACGUAUGACUGUUGCCAUCAGUGGUGAUAGAGAUAAGACACAACAACAACAACAGCUACAAGAGUUGAUCACAAUAGACAAGUCCAGUGACGGACAGUUGCGUCGCCGAAAGCACUGUAAUGUCUGGUUUAGACCGUUGUUUGAUACGGAGUGUCAAUAGAUUUUUCAUUAUAAUUAAUAUUUUUUUAUUAUU